AUGUUCCUGAGAGGAGCAGGCUUUGUGAUCUUGUUGAGGAUUAUGCUCAUCCUCCUGAUGAUCCAUCUAAUAAUCCCCUCGGCCCGACCGGCGAACGUCGUAGGACCACAGCAAUGCACCAAUGGCUUCGCCCUUGCUUCCUACCACUCCGACUCGGUCUCUUGCAAAACCUCCCAAAACGUGAUUUACGAUUGUAAGGUCAGUAAAUGUUUCGCAACUAGUGACACCAGUCAACACGGGAAACCAUACUCGGAAUUUGUCUUCGAGAAAUGCCAUCGAAUCGACGCCUCUGAUCAUCCCACCAAGAGCACUUCAACAAUCCAUCCAGCCGAGUUCUACCCCACUUAUAAUGAGAAGAACUGGUUAGAGAUCCAUGGCUCUCCUCCACUCCAACCAGGUCGACGACGCUACCAAUGCUUCACCUCAGAAGCUCAGAAAUUGAAUACCAACAGACCUUGGUGUGUUGGUUGUUCCUUACCUCCAACGUAGACCAUCAUUCUCCAUAGAUGAGGAUAUCAGACCCGUUUCCCUUUAUAUCAACAUCAUCAAGGAACAAGGAGCAUUCUAAAGGGGCUUCAAAUCAUCGAGCUGGCCCCCCCUUCUGUUUUGAUUGGUUGUUUAGAUCAACCGAUUUUGUUGGCUUUUCACUAUCAUCAUCAUCAUCUUCUUCUUCUUCUUGUUCUCCAAAUACAAGCCUUGUGUGAUAGAUAGCAUGUUCCUAGAAGGUUUUUUAUGGAAAGCAAAAGAAAAGCUUAUUCACA